AUGGCUUCGUCCCUUGCCAGACCCUCUCCAUUUGACUCCUCCGCUGCUCCGACCCCUAAACGGCGAAAGUUUUCACAACCCUCGAAGUCAUUCGAUUCGGAUGAUGACAGCGGAGAUGACCUCUUUUCUAACGAUGUGGCUACCCUCCCUCUCAAUUCCUCAUUCUACAAUAAGAUUCCUGAAUCAGACCCUAUACUUGGUUCAUCCCCACCACCACUCAGCACACAAGCCACACAGCUUCUUCAACCAACUCUUGAUGGAAGCCCUUCAAUACCUCAACCCCCUGUCGUCCAAGUCGCUGCAUCCUCCCCAUUUAGGAACAUAGUAUCUUCGCCGCCACGCGUAGCACAGGUUCGCCAGUCUCCCCUGAAAAGCUCCUCAAUUAUCCAGGCAGAUGGCAGCGUGAAGCCAUUUGAUUUUUAUCCCAAUGGAAGGAAGACAGAUCUCAUGGAUGAAGGGCCGCAGUAUAUCGGAGUCUCAUCAGACGAUGGUUCUGAUCAUGACAUCAAGCCAACAUUCCUCAAAGGUUCUCUUUCGAGUAAACCUGUACCGUCUGUGAGCUCUAUGAGGGAUCGUAGGGAUAACGCGGCGGACAUUGUGAGAAUUGAAGAGACGCCGCCUGUACAGUCUGCGUUUAAGUCCGCAAUGUCUAAGUUUGCAUUCAAUGGGUCUGCGCCGCAGGCGCCUUUCAAACGAUUGGACUCUAUAACCAAAAAGCCACCAAUCACGUACUCUUCCGGGGGCGGAAGUAUUGCUGGUGCGCGACCUAAACUUCAACGGCAUCCGGAUCGCGCAAAGCCGUUGAUGGAUAUUUCAAUUGAGGAAAUUCAGAAUAUAGAACACAGGAAAGUGGUUCAACGAAUGGCAUCGAUUCUCCCCGAUAGGUCGAUUUCUACGCUUUUGAGUGCCCUGAUUGAAAAACAAGGCAACUUUGACAAUGCGAUAGAGUACCUGACGGGUGAUGAUGGGAUGGUAGAUCUUACUCUAUCCAGCGAUGAAAAACCACAGCGGGGAAUGGCUCAGAUUAAGACCUCAAACCGUGCCGCGAGGGUUCCCAGAAUGGGAAUCAAGGACAAAUGGUCAUCUACACAAGCGCAGCCCAUCCUCUCGUCUCCUCCUGCACCGCCAGCGAAAACCAAGAGACGCCUUGUCAGGGGUUCCGGUAGGAAUUCAAGAGAUAAAUCUUCUUCACCACCUGCGCCUACAUUCACCAUCAGUGACGACGAUUCUGACUCGGCAGCUGAGGCUGCCGAGGAUUCGGAUGGUGAAAGAGAGCUUGAGAGAAAAGUGUUGAAGUACAUCAAUGAGUGUACCGUCAAGGAGUUAUCGGAUAUCGCAGCUACCACUGAAGAGAUUGCAGAAGUUGUGUUGUCCCAAAAACCGUUUAGAUCACUUGACGAGGUUCGAGAAGUAUCCAGUGAUACCACUGCAAAACCUAAGGCAAAAGGAAAGGGUGCGCCAAGGGGUGCCAGAACGCGAGCAAUUGGAGACAAAGUUGUCGAUGUAUGUUUAGAAACCUGGAGAGGAUAUGAGGCGGUGGAUUCGCUCAUUGCAAGGGUAGAAGAAUUGGGAAAGCCAAUCGCAGAAUCCAUCAAAAAAUGGGGUGUCGAUGUAUUUGGGGGCAAUAGUGAUAAUCCUGCAGGGGAACUGGAUAUGACUGACAUUAAAAUUGACUCAAGGGCUGAAUCGCUAAAGGAUUCUGCUAUUGGAACACCUACAGAUGCUGGAAGCUCUGAUAUAGUAAUGAUAGAUGAUGGGGAUGAGGUUAUCAGGAAUAAGAGGGAACACCAGGCAGGUCAAUUUUUUAAGAACCAGCCAAAACACCUCGGUGAGGGCGUUGUUUUGAAGGAUUAUCAGCUUGUAGGUGUCAAUUGGCUGAGUCUCCUAUACGAAAGGAAAUUGAGCUGCAUUUUAGCAGACGAGAUGGGUCUUGGGAAGACUUGUCAAGUUAUUUCAUUUCUAGCACAUUUGUUGGAAAAGGGUAUCCAAGGCCCUCAUCUCGUCGUUGUGCCUUCAUCUACAUUAGAGAAUUGGCUACGCGAAUUUCAGAACUUUUGUCCACUAUUGAGGGUAGAGCCUUACUACGGAUCCCAGAAAGAACGAGCAGAGAUGCGAAUGGACCUGACCAGAGAUCGUGGCUGGAACGUACUUGUCACAACCUAUCAGCUUGCAACUGGUGACAAGCUUGACAAGAAGUUUUUGAAAGACCAAGCAUUCAACGUGUGUGUCUACGAUGAAGGACAUCUCCUUAAAAACAGUUCUUCCAAUCGUUACGAUGCCCUUAUGCGCCUGCCUGCCAACUUCCGGCUCCUAUUGACAGGAACGCCUCUUCAGAACAAUCUCCAGGAAUUGGCUUCUCUGCUUGCCUUUAUUCUUCCGGAGGUUUUCAAUGAGAAGAGGGAGGACUUGGCUAGCAUUUUCAAAUACAAGGCAAAAACCACGGAUGAGGAUGAAAGUAAUAGUGCAUUGUUAUCUGCGCAGAGGAUUAAACGGGCGAGGGCAAUGAUGACGCCGUUCGUAUUGCGGAGGAAGAAGGCACAGGUUUUGAAACAUUUACCAGCCAAGACCAACCGCGUUGAAUAUUGUCCUUUGAACCCUACUCAAAAUAGUAUCUAUGUUGAACACAUAACUGCCGCUAAAGAGGCCAUUGAAGCCCGGGCUGCCGGAAAAAAAGGAUCCAAGUCCACUUCUAAUCUAAUGAUGCAGCUUCGGAAGGCUGCUAUCCAUCCUCUCCUCUUCCGCAAGAUUUACACCGAGGAGAAAAUAAAAAAAAUGUCUCAUGAAAUUUUGAAAGAGGAGGUUUAUCGUUCUAGCGAACAGCAGUACAUUCUUGAGGAUAUGGAGACAAUUGGAAAACACGCCUUACAGGAGCAGGAAUGGAUGCAAAGUGGUAAGGUGGAACAGCUGAAGGCGAUGUUGAUUGAAUUCAAAAAGAAAGGAGAUCGUGUUCUACUCUUCAGCCAGUUUACACAAAUGCUAGAUAUCCUAGAGCUAGUGCUCACGAGUCUAGACCUGGGCUUCUUGAGGAUAGAUGGAUCGACCCCUGUGGAUGCCAGACAGGAUUUGAUUGAUCAGUAUCAUGAGGAGGACGAUAUUAUGGUCUUCUUGCUCUCGACAAAAGCUGGUGGUUUUGGGAUUAAUUUGGCAUGUGCGAAUAAAGUUGUCAUCUUCGAUAGUAGCUUCAAUCCUCAUGACGAUGCACAAGCUGCUGACCGAGCUCAUCGUGUUGGGCAAAAAAGAGAAGUUGAGGUCAUCAGACUUGUAACAAAAAAUACAAUCGAAGAACAAAUCCUUGCGUUAGCAAACACUAAGCUUGCACUCGAUCGAGGGAUAUCUGAGGAUGCAUUGGAGGGAAAAGCAGAGGAGUUGGUAGCAAAAAUGUUACUGCAGAGCACAAGUGAGAAUACUAAGGACCUCGAAUUUAGCGAUAAAUGA